CAGGUGUUUCCACCUACAACCCUUCCGAUUACUCAUACUUAGUAUUUACGUGGUAAUUUACACCAUCAAAUUGGCGCCAUCCGUGGGACCUAUUACAAAAAGCCAUGACAAGCAAUCAGGAAACCGUCAUCUCACAAAUCUCUACUCCCGUUGAGAACGUCGCCUCGUUCCCGGGAGGGAGUACACAACCCUCAAACCAGAUUCCUACCCCCAUGUUCUCUGUUCCAACACCUACUCCAUUCACUUCCCCCGUCACUUCUAUCCCUAUUUUUCCUCCAAAUUUCCCCGGGCCCAUGGACCCGCUGUUUUCACAGGCAUUCCAAAAUUUUGGGCAGUUCAUGUCCAUGUUUCAACAGCCGGGAGGAUUUUCACCUUUCAUUCCCGGGUUAUACCCAAAAUCCUUGCCCCAAACCAGUGUCAUCCGCCCAGUCGUUCCAACGAAUCUAAUCAGAGAGAUGGACAAAACUGGCCCGUCCCGGUCCAGAAGGAUUCGGUCCCGAAGGUCGCGCACGCAGAUCACGCUGGAUGGCGAUGUGCGAUCAGUCCAUAGUAGGGAUGAGGAUUGGGAUCUACCCCAGGCACAAAAGAAGCUGAAGGGAAAAGCUAUUCAACCUGAAGGGUCCAGGAGGUCGGCGUUUCAAAGGCUUGGCCAUGAAGGCAGAAAUCAAAACCGGCCUGCCAAAGAACGACUAGGAGUGGAGACAACCCCGUUGAGUGCUUUUAAUCGCCUGGCCGGGCAGCGAGAGCACGAGGAUCUGACAAAAUUCCUUACCCGGUGGAAGGAUGAGAUUGACAAGGUGGAGGAGAAGGACGACAAAACAGCCAUGUCCCUCCUUGCGUCCGGGCUCCGAUCCGGAGAGUUGUAUAAGGAAUUCUGCAGGAGGCCUCCCCAGUCCUACCAGGAGGCCUACAACACAGCUUGGGAUUAUGCUGACGCUGAGGCACAAGUGUCAUUCAAAAGGGAGGCCGAGCAGGGCCAUCCCAAAGGAAAGAUUUCCUUGAAGAAAGAAAUUGAACUGCCCGGUAGAGCAAAGGCUGAAGUCAUGGAGGUCAUCUACGGCGGACCGGAAGGGGGAGAUUCUGCUUCCCAAAGAAAGAAAUGGGGGCGAGUGCUCUACGUCGGGACGGUGGCCCUAAAUCCCCGGUCAAAACAGGCAAGACGGGAGCCGAUCACCUUUACUGACCGGGACCUCCCCGCCACCGGAGAAGAUCACAAUGACCCCCUGGUCAUAACUAUGGAUAUGGGUGGAGUCGAUGUCUCCCGGGUGCUCGUUGACACGGGCAGUAGUGUUAACGUAUUGUACUUGGAUGCAUUUGAGAAGCUCAAGUUGUGUCGAACACGGCUUGAGCCCUUAAAGACUCCCCUGUCUAGGUUUACCGGGGACUCAAUCGAAGCUGAAGGGUCGAUCCUUCUAACCUGUGAGCUGGGCACAGGCGAGCAGGUCAUCCUAAAACAAAUGAGGUUUGUGGUUGUGAACAUCAAAUGUGUUCACAAUGCCAUUUUGGGCCGGCCUGGGAUAAACAAGGUCCGUGGAGUCAUCUCCAUGGCCCAUCUCUGUAUGAAGUUCUAUACCCCGGGCGGUAUAGGACAAGUCAGAGGAGAUCAAAAGAAGGCCCGGCAUUGCUAUUUGGAAGCUGUAAAGAAAAUGACGAAGGCCUUUGAGAGAGUCACUUUGGUCUCUCAGGAGGAAGACCGGUCAAAGUUAGAGCCGGGUGAUGAAACCGAGCAGAUUGUUCUCCGGGAAGCUUUCCCGGAAAGAAUGGUACGGAUUGGCAGAGAUCUGCCCGGUGGACUUCGAGAUGAAAUCAUCUCAGUCCUUCGGGAAUAUGCAGAUAGUUUCGCGUGGAGUGUGGCAGACAUGCCGGGCAUUAGCCGUUCUGUCAUAUGCCAUCGUUUGGCUGUGAUGGAAGGGAGCCGGCCUGUGAAACAGAAGAAGAGGCACUUGGCGAACUUGGCUAAAAUUGAGAGUUUAGAUCAACCAAGUACUGAUCGGUUUGAAAUCGCGGCUAUCCAACCGGGCCAGAAUUCGGCUACCGGGAUAAUCGGAGCAGAUGAUGACUGGAGGUACGAUCUCAUGGAAUAUUUGGAGACCGGUCAGAAACCAGAUGACGAGGAACGGGCCAGGAAGGUGGUCCUGCGGGCUCCCCGUUUUCAGGUAAUCGAUGGUCACUUGUACAAACGUGCCAUUGGCGGACCUCUCCUGCGUUGCCUUACCAACCCGGAGGCUGAGCGGGUAAUAGCUGAGGUGCAUGAGGGAGUUUGUGCAGCCCAUCAAAUGUCUCGCACCCUGGCUCAAAUGAUAAUAUUGUUUGGCUACUACUGGUCGACCAAUGUUGGGGAUUGCGAGCGCCCGGUUGAAGAACGAAGGACCCUAGCAGCUGUCAAGCUGGCCGGUUACCAGCAGUCGGUAAAGAGAUAUCACGACAACCGGGUAGGCCCACGGUACUUCCAAGUGCAUGAUGAGGUCUUGCGCAGACGGGAUGCUAGUAAACCUAACGAGAGAGGCAAGUUGGUGCGAAAUUGGGAAGGACCCUAUCGCAUAAAGGCGAUCAUCCGGCCGGGCACUUACCAACUAGAGACUAUGGAAGGUGGCCGGGUUGACCGACAUUGGAACUCUCAUCACUUACGUAAAUUUUUUAGAUAAAAUUUAAUGAGUUCCCUAGGUGUUAAUAAAACUUUGUUCUUUUC